AUGAGUGAAUUGAAAAAAAAACCUAGUGGUGCAUCAUAUAAAAGGAAGGCUAAAGAAAAAGAAGAAAGAUUUCAAAAUGUAAUAAAGCACACGAAAAAUAUUGAGACAUUUUUUUCAAAACCAAAAAGUGAUGAUUCGGAAUUGUCUAACGCAAUUAUUAUUCACAGUGUGUCUGCUACCGACCCUGUUCAAUGCGAAACUCCUACUAGUUCUAUACAGCCACAAGAUUUGUUCGUGCCCACGCCGUCUACUUCGUCAGCAGUAGAUGUUGUGCAGCAGUCGCAAAAUACAAUAAUUAUCGUGGAUUGUGACCCAGCCAAGUGGAGUAUCAAUAACGAAACACAAGAAUAUAUUGCACUAAAUGGUUUCAAUCAAAAUAUAAACGUAGAUUUUUCAUUGAGUAAGAGAAUAUAUGAAGAUAAAGUCUCACGUUUUUUGACAAAAACAAUGUUUGAACGGAAAUUGUUAAAUAGAGAAAAACGUCCAAGAAAAUGGCUUAUUUACUCUCCAAGCACAGGAAAAGUUUUUUGUGGACCUUGUUUAUUAUUCGGUGGUGGAACUAGCUUUGGAAAGCAAGAUGUAGGUUUCAAUGAUUGGAAGAACGCGUCGAUUAGAUUAGAAAGCCACGAAAACUCAUGUGAACAUAAAACAUGUGUUUUGGCUUUGCAACGUAGAUCUGACAUUGUCGGUCGUGUCGAUCAUGAGCUCGUCGCUCAAUUUCAAGAAGAGCUAACUUAUUGGCGUGAAGUUUUGAAACGAGUGGUUGCGACUGUAAAGUCUUUAGCAUCACGUGGAUUAUCUUUUAGGGGACAUGAAGAAAAACUUGGGUCUCUUCAUAACGGAAAUUAUUUAAUGACGCUGGAACUCAUAGCGGAGUUUGAUCCGUUUUUAAGUAAACAUAUUGCUCAAUAUGGCGGCAAGGGAAAAGGAUGUACCAAUUACUUGAGUUCUACAAUAUGUGACGAAUUUAUUGAGUUGAUGGCAAACAAAAUUUUAACACAAAUAAAAGAUGAAAUCAAGAUAUCAAAAUAUUAUUCAAUGAUAGUGGAUUCAACACCAGAUAUUUCCCACAUUGACCAAUUAACUCUCGUGAUCCGGUAUGUUAAAGCCGAUGGUACGCCCGUUGAACGUUUUCUGAAGUUUAUCGCACACGUCGGCCACAAAUCACAAGACAUGGCAGAUGCUAUAAUUAAAACAUUAGACAUGUUUGAAAUUAAUAUAUUAGACUGUAGAGGCCAGUCGUAUGAUAACGCUGCAAAUAUGUCUGGCAUAUACAAUGGAUUACAGGCGAAAAUAAAAGAACUAUGUCCCCUAGCAGAUUAUAUACCCUGCUCCGCACAUUCACUGAACCUAGUGGGUGAAUGUGCCGCUGAAUGCGUUCAAGAAGCUUGUUGGUUCUUUGGUCUCCUUCAAGAAAUUUACACAUUUUUUACAGCUUCAACUCAAAGAUGGGAAACUCUACAACCACAAAUACGUCUAGGUAAUGAUAAGAAAAAUAAACCUACUGUCAAAAAUCCAUCUGACACACGCUGGUCAGCUCGAGCAGAUGCUUGUAAAAGCUUAAAAGAGUCAUUUUCAGAAAUUCACGAUGCUUUGAUUGCUAUCGAAAGCAAUCCUGCGCAAAAACGUUCUACUGUAUGUGAAGCUAAAGGUAUAAGGUUCAAAUUAGAACGGCUAGAAACUGCCUUCAUGACCGUGUUUUGGAGUUUUAUUUUGGUUCACAUGAACAAAAGCAACAAAAAAUUGCAAUCCGUUGAUAUUGAUAUUUGUACUGUUGUUCAAUUGUAUGACAGUAUAAUUCACAUAAUUUCUACAGAAAGGGGAAAUUUUGAUAAAUAUGAACAGCAAGCCUUGGAACUGUCAUUAGUAAAAGAAUAUGAAAAGGACACAAAGAGGAUACGGAAGAGAAAGCUCACAGCAGAUGAAUCUGCUGAAGAUAUAACUUCUUCAUUAUCGGGUCGGGAAACAUUCCGACGAAAAGCUUUCGAGGAACUCGACAAGAGGUCCAGGGAGCAGCACCAGGAGCUGCUCCUAGUCCUAAAAGGACAAGGUCAACCCACGAAGGGCGUUAAACGAGAAAAACCCGGCACUUCGUCGUGCUCCGAAGACGAGCCAACGACAAGUAAAAAGAAGCCGGUAGAACAGACAACCGCGCCUGUCAAAGAGACCAGGCCAUCGAGAGAAUUGAGAAGAUGGAAACCGAGACCAAUUCGGCCACGAAAACGACUACCAACGCACAGGACAAGGCCAAAAUUCCGCCAGUGGUCCUAA